CGAGUAGGAAGAAAAUAGAGAGAAAGGGCUGAGUGAGUGAGGUGAAGAGCAUAAAAUAGCUGCGAAAAAGGCUUAAAAGACGGUGGUUCUGCACCAUCUCUUCUUCUUCACUUCCUCAUUUCAUCAUCGUCUUCACCAAGAUCUGUCGUAUCACUUUAGCCAAACAGAAGAGAAAGCUUGAAAACAACUCCAUCUAAGAAACUUCACCAUCUAUCAUCCAUUUGAUGUGAAAAAGCCUCUCCUGCCGUUUCCGAAUCUUCUCGCGAUUCACCGGUCCGACUCGCUAACUCGACUCAGCUUGUUCUCUUACUAAAAAGUUUUAAGAGAGAAGAUUUUAGGAUAUACCGAUGGCGCUCUCGGUUUCUGAUUUGUCUGCCAUAUACUCGUUGCUCGCCAACUCAAUGAGUCAAGAUGAGUCUAAUCGUAAACCGGCUGAGUCGGCUCUUGCUCAAUCUGAAAGCAGGCCUGGUUUCUGCUCUUGUCUUAUGGAAGUGAUUACAGCGAAAGAUUUAGCGUCGCAAGUGGAUAUUCGAUUAAUGGCUUCUGUAUAUUUCAAAAACAGUAUUAAUCGGUAUUGGAGGAAGCGACGCGAUUUCUCGGGGAUAAGCAAUGAAGAGAAACAACAUUUAAAACAAAAAUUGUUAUCACACUUGAGAGAAGAGAAUUAUCAGAUAGCUCAAAUGCUGGCAGUGCUUAUUUCAAAAAUUGCUCGCUUUGAUUAUCCCCGGGAAUGGCCAGAGCUUUUCUCAUUUCUUGCACAGCAGCUCCCAUCCGCUGAUGUUCUUACCUCCCACAGGAUUUUUAUGAUUCUCUUUAGAACUUUGAAAGAAUUAUCCACAAAACGUCUUACUGCAGACCAAAGGAAUUUUGCAGAGAUCUCAUCCCAUUUAUACAAAUAUUGCUGGCAUAUUUGGCAGAGUGAUUUACAAACAAUAUCACACGGUUUUUCUAUAAUCACACAGAGCUAUAAUUCAAAUGGCAAGGAGCAGCAUCAUGAUGAUCUUUAUCUAACAUGUGAGAGAUGGUUGUUUUGUCUAAAGAUAAUAUGUCAAUUACUGAUUUCAGGGUUUCAAAGUGAUGCAAAAUGUAUACAGGAGAUAAGACCAGUCAAAGAGGUCUCUCCUGUGCUUUUGAAUGCUGCCCAAUCAUUUCUUCCAUAUUAUACAUCUUUGCAGAAUAGACAUCCUAAAUUUUGGGAGUUUAUAAAGAGGGCAUGUACCAAAUUGAUGAAGGUUCUAGUUGCAAUUCAACAAAGGCAUCCUUAUUCUUUUGGUGAUAUAUGUGUCCUUCAACCUGUUCUAAAUUUCUGCUUAAAUAAGAUUACAGAUCCUGAGCCAGAUAUAUUAUCCUUUGAGCAAUUCCUGAUUAAGUGUAUGGUAAUGGCUAAAAGUGUAUUUGAAUGUAAAGAAUAUAAACCAAGUGUUACUGGACGGGUUAUGGAUGAGAAUGGUGUUACACUAGAGCAGAUGAAGAAAAACAUUUCUAAUGCUGUUGCUGGUGUUUUGACUAGACUUCUGCCCAAUGAACGGAUAGUACUUUUAUGCAAUGUGUUAAUAAGAAGGUAUUUUGUUCUAACCACGAGUGAUUUGGAGGAAUGGUAUGAGAAUCCUGAGGUUUUUCAUCAUGAGCAGGAUAUGGUUCAAUGGACAGAGAAACUGAGGCCUUGUGCGGAGGCUUUAUAUAUUGUAUUGUUUGAAAACCACAGUCAAGUAUGUGAUAGUACUAAUCAUUUUCUGCUGGCUCCUAUUGUGGUGUCCAUCCUUCAAGAGGCAAUGAAUGGUUGCCCAACUUCUACAACUGAAAUAACUCCGGGGUUACUUCUUAAAGAUGCUGCCUAUGGUGCUGCUGCAUAUGUAUAUUAUGAGCUCUCAAAUUAUCUCAGCUUCAGAGAUUGGUUUAAUGGUGCUUUAUCCCUUGAACUUUCUAAUGAUCAUCCAAAUAUGCGUAUCAUCCACCGGAAAGUUGCUCUAAUACUGGGACAAUGGGUUUCUGAGAUAAAGGAUGACACAAAAAGAGCUGUAUAUUGUGCCUUGAUACGGUUGUUACAGGACAAAGACUUAUCUGUGGGGUUGGCAGCCUGUCGAUCCUUAUGUUUACAUGUUGAAGAUGCAAACUUUUCAGAGAGAGAUUUUUCUGAUCUACUUCCUGUUUGCUGGGGUUCAUGUUUUAAGUUGGUCAAAGAAGUUCAAGAGUUUGAUUCAAAGGUCCAGGUUUUAAAUUUGAUUUCUGUUCUUCUUGGCCAUGUCAAUGAAGUCAUCCCAUAUGCCAGCAACUUGACGCAAUUUUUCCAGAUGGUUUGGGAGGAAUCUUCUGGAGAAAGCCUUCUACGGAUACAGCUUCUUAUUGCUUUGCGGAACUUUGUUAUUGCCCUUGGAUAUCAGUCACCUAGUUGUUACAGCAUGCUCUUGCCCAUUCUUCAGAAAGGGAUUGAUAUAAAUGGCCCCGAUGAACUCAAUCUUUUGGAGGAUAGCAUGCUGUUAUGGGAAGCCACACUGUCUCAUGCACCUGCAAUGGUGCCUCAACUCUUAGCAUAUUUCCCGUGUCUUUUGGAAAUCCUGGAAAGAAAUUUUGACCAUUUGCAGGUAGCUGUUGAUAUUAUUGAAGAUUACAUUAUUUUGGGUGGAAGGGAAUUUCUUAGCAUGCACGCUUCCAGUGUGGCUAAACUUCUAGAUCUCAUUGUUGGAAAUGUCAACGAUAGAGAGCUGCUUUCAAUUCUUCCCAUCAUUGACAUUCUAAUACUGUGUUUCCCCAUGGAAGUGCCGCCAUUAAUCAGCAGUACUUUACAAAAACUAGUUGUUAUUUGCUUGAGUGGAGAUGAUGGUGAUCCUUCCAAGACUGCCGUAAAAGCAUCUUCAGCUUCUAUCAUAGCAAGGAUUUUGGUGAUGAAUACCAACUAUCUUGCACAACUAACAUCAGAACCUUCUCUUUCAUCAGUACUGCAGCAAACUGGUGUAGCUAUUGAAGAUAAUAUUCUUCUUUCUCUAGUUGACGUAUGGCUUGACAAGGUAGACAAUGUAUCUUUGCCCCAUAAGAAAGCAUUUGGACUAGCACUUUCCAUAAUUUUAACUUUAAGGUUGCCUCAAGUACUAGACAAACUAGAUCAAAUACUAAGUGUUUGCACUAGUGUAAUUCUCGGAGGGACCGAUGACUUAACCGAGGAAGAGUCAAGAAAUUGCAGUGGUGAUAACAUGAGCUAUGGCAGGUCGCACGAUGAGGAUUUGCUUCCUAGUAAGGAGUUAAGGAGAAGACAGAUCAAAGUCUCGGACCCUAUCAACCGGUUAUCAUUAGAAAACUCAGUGAGAGACAACCUUCAAACUUGUGCUGCCCUUCAUGGAGAGUCGUUUAAUUCUGCCAUUGCUAAAAUACAUCCAGCAGCUUUUGCACAGUUGAAGCAGGCGCUAAAGAUGCCAUAAGCCAGCAUUGAUGUUCUCUUUUAUCAACUGAGGUCUUUCUUUCCCGGCUGAUUAUUUUCCAUUUUUCCAAAGAUUGAGAAAACAUUUAGGUGAUAUUGAAGGUUUCUGUUGAGAUGAAUUUGGUGGUGUUUCCUACAUUCUUUGUAUAUUUUCCUAAAUGGCCGCUUGGCUUGGAGUGUGUUGAUUUAUUCAUCUGUUACAAGGGCACCAAAAAAAAAAAAGACUGUAAAUAGCCCUGCUGCUUCCUUACCUGGGUGCUUUUAAAGCAACACAACAGUGAGUUUAUGGUCUUCUAGUCUUUUACUUGCGAGCGAGUGAAAUGAAAGUUCUUUAUUUUUCUUGAAAACAAAUUAAAGAGAAUUUCUGGAGGGAUUUCUUA